CUGAUAGUAUGUGAUAUGAUAACUACUAUGAUAAUUGACAAACUGUGUACAAAAUGUAUUAGCAUUAAAUCAUCCCUCUCAAAUAGAAAGCUAAACAACAUAACUGGUCUUGGACAGUCGCCGACACCGGGAGAGUAAUCGCAUGACUGAUCUAGGCAGCGCGGAUUCUUAUUGGAAGCAAAGACCACGAUCUCCACGUGAUGUUGUAGUAGGCUACACUGACUGCUCGAGCUCUGUUGUGGUAGUGUAUGGUUUAAACGGCAAGACGGUGGAAAUUAUUUGAAUAUGAAUAGAAAGCUAUGCAAUACUGCUGGUGUAAUGCUCUAAAUGUAAUCUAAUAGAGAAUAUAGUAAUUUAUCAACCUCCGCUCAUAUUUUCUCCCAUUGUUUUCAUACUGUUCAGAUAAAAAAAAUAUGUGCGUGCGUUACUCAAUAUCCAAGUUUAGACUACUGUGUAACUGUUAUGGCUACAUUCUGUCAGGUACAUGUAUAUAGCGUCUAGGAACCGUUGUUCAACAGAAAUAAUCUGUGAAGUAAUGGGUUCAAAAUUGACCAGGCAAAGUAGUCUGGACCAAAUAGAAACCACAUUUUCCAAGAGGAGACGCCAGCAGCAUGACAGCUCCGAAGAAGCUGAGCGGAGUGGUGGCAGGGGAGGCGGGGAAUUCUUGUUUACAUCCCUGAUGCUGAAGUCAGACAAGCUCCCAGGGAUGCUGCGGAAAACCAACCACAGCCCCUAUGUGAGACGGGUGGCAUGGAUCCGGGAAAUACAGAAGCUUCUUCGAGAACAGAAACAAGAACAAGCAGUCGAGGUGCUCAAAUUGCUAAGAAAGGACUUGGGACUCCAGGGAACAUCCCUUAAUGAUAUCCUUUAUAAGAACGCAGCCUUUCUCAACCUGGUGGAUCCGAUCUCCCAUGAACUCUUGCUCUGCCUGGCCAAAGACAUGCAGUGUCCAAAGAGGGAAACAGAUACCCUGAAGUCAUCCAACAAGAUCUGCAGACAGCUGAUAUUCCACCUGACCCCUCACUCCAAGUGGAUGAGACAAAGCCUUCCCAGGAGGAAGUCGCAGGCCUGUCUUAAAACCACACUGAAGAAGAAGCUGACCAACGACGUGGCCAACCUGUCUGGCAUCCCUCUGUCUGGCCGAGACGUCCACCGGGUGGCCUACUACCUCCAGAGUAACGGCAACUCUGUGUCGGCCGUGGACCUCAGCUUCACUGAGCUGCAGGACGAGAGCCUGCGUCUACUGCUGCCCUACCUGGGCUCCAUGCCCAAGCUCACCACCCUGGCCAUCAACGGCAACCGUCUGACUGUGGGCGUGCUGAAGGACCUGACGGAGGUGGUGAAGAACCCCCUGCAGUUCGCCAGCCUGGCAUGGGUGGACGUGGGCAACAACGUGGACAUCUUCACUGUGCCACAGCCCCUCCUAGUGGCCCUGCGCAGACGCUUCGGCCUCCGGAGCAGCCUUCCCACCAUCUACGAGUAUAGCGAGGUGCAGGUCUAUAGUAGUUAUACCCUGGAGACCUCUAUUGAAGAACCCAGCCGGUAUGAGGAGGAGGAGGGAGAAGAGGAGGAGGAGGGAGAGGGGGAAGAGGAGGAGGAUAAGCUGGAGCUAGAGGCAUGGGGAGGUGGGGAGAAGCUUGGAGAGAAGUGUAUAUCCACGGAUGUGGCUCUGCACUACUGUGAGAGGUGUUGAGUCAGAGUUAGCGUUGUGAUUUGACAACCCUUUGUACCCUACUGUACCCUACUGUACCCUCACCUUGGCCUGAGCCCUGCCUCCCGUUUCAGCAUGCGUCAUCAUCGCAGGAGAAGCUUGGGGUCACCAAAUUCAUAAACCACUCACUAGGGGAAAAUACUGUUUUGUGUUGUCUCUUUAUAUGUUCCGAUUGCAGAGAGAGUUCAAGCCAGUUUUGCCAGAAAACAUACAUUUGAGAAAAAACAGACUGUUCUUGUGUUGGUAAUGAGAUUGGUAUUCUAGGCACUGCAGUUAUAUUUUUAGUGUGUCCUCCUGCGUAUGUCAUUCUUUAUGAGCAAAGCAAUCCUACACAACAGGAAUAAGACAGAUUAGAUUUCACCUGACUGUUUUGGCUUUCUAAUGUCAAGUGCUUUUUUCUAAUGAGGCACUUCCAUGUAGCACAUGCAGACUGGAUGACACAGUGGGAGGGUUUGUUUCUAUAAAUAUGCUGCUGUGUUUUAUUGCACAACACACAACAUUUACUAAAUGCUGAUUUCAAAACAGAUGGUUUUAAUAUAUAUCCACCAGAUUCACAUUUAUCCAAAAAUAGUUUUUAUUUUCCAAGAAGAGCAGACCCGACUAGGCUGUGAACCUCUGAGUGAGCCUCAACUGGCAGGUUCUGGGUCAGGCUGCCCUUGCCCUGGGCUGGGUGCUGGGGAGAGGACACCCAGUCUGUCUGUAUGGGAAGGAGUGAGCUGGGAAGUAGACACCAAGGCUGUCUGUCUGUCUGGGAGUGAGUGAGUGAGUGAGUGAGUGAGUGAGUGAGUGAGUGAGUGAGUGAGUGAGUGAGCUGGGGAGUGGACACCCCGUCUGUCUGUCUGGGAGUGAGUGAGCUGGGGAGUGGACACCCAGGCUGUCUGUCUGUCUAUCUGGGAAGGUGUGUGGGCAGCUGAUGAACUGACUGCUGCCUCUGUCAGGUUGUGUAAGAGGUGACAAGGCAGACAGAUGGUGGGGGGAGGGGGAAAAAAUCCUAGCAUAACAGAAUUAUCUCUGUACUUAUCUCUGUGCUUAUCAUCUGUACUGCUGUUUGCACAUAAUAUGAAACUGAAUUGUAAAUGAGAUGGUCAAAGGGAGCGUGUCACAGGUGUCUUUUUAGAUAUUUUGUUUAGUGUUCAACUUGAGCAUUAUUUUGUAUUGUUUAUUUCAGGUGACAUGAUGUUUACUGCAGCUCAACAAUAGUCUGCAGAAAACAUUUGAAAGAAAUUAUGAUGAAAUAUGUUUUUGUGUGUGUACUUGUUUGUGCACUCAUGUGGUUGUGUAUGUGUUUCUGUGUGCCCAGGUGUGUGGCUGUGUGUGUUUGUAAGUGCUCUGGACAUACCUGGUGUCCUCUAGACAUACCUGGUGUCCUCUAGAAACCUAUUGUUUGCACUUUAAAUGCAAGAAUAAGUCAAUGACUGUCAUCCAGUCACAAAUCUCUCAUUGAAUAUCCACUAGAAUGGAUCAAUCUUCAUCCAAACCAGCAUAGUCAUUAAAAUAUGACUUCCAGCAUACCGUAUCUAUUUGUUUCCCACCUCAGUUUACUCUACAGUAACAACCAUGGUUUUCUCUGAAAAUUAUAGAAUACUGUUAAUAUGACUUCUUGCUUACUGUAACAAAAUAAAUACGUUACAAUUCUUUGGUCAAUUUUGUUGUUUGUUUUUUAACAGUAUUAACUUAUGUCAUUUCCCCCAAGACAAGGCCAUAGGAGCUACACACUUAUAUUAUUUUCCUCAAGGAUAUCCCGAUCUAUAGUUUGAUAGCUUUCCAAUACAUCAGCUGGAUUUUCUGCCAGGGAUUGUGUUUUGGGUGAGUGAAAUGGACGUGAGGCCCAGCCCUGUAUGGACCUGCCAGUGUGAGAGUAAUAUCACCAUGGUACUUGACUGUGACUGCUCUGCUUGGUAGUCACUUCCCUGGUCAUAGGGGAAAUACCGUUAUGUCAGGCCAUCCAUCUUAUGCUCUUAUUAGGCCUGUAGAAGGUCAUGUUGGAGCUCAGUGUCAGGUAAGAGGGGUUCCUGGGCCAAUGUGUAGCUGGCGUUGAUCCAGGCAGACUAGUGUAACGUAAACCACGCUUAGCAUUCCUUCUAAUAGCAUCUCCAAGGCAAAGAGCUCAUUCACAGGUUCAUGCUAUAUAUGGUCUUAUGACAAAAGCUCUGCUGCAGGGUACAGUAGAUUAUCACCUUCCUAUGUCCAAUGUGGGUCUGCUGACAUAAAACACUAAGAUGUUUUAGUUUUUCACAGAAUUCAGCCCAAUGUCCGUUUUAAAAUGUCCUAUGUGAGCCUUUAUAAUGAUUCUGAGAGGACACCACUUGCAUUGUUCGUGGUUAGUCAAGCUUCCACAGACCAGUGUUUUUUAAUCCCAUUCCUCAGCACUGGGAUGUGUACAGAUGCUGCUUUUCGACUGUAACACCAGUGUUACACUAGUGCAUUGACCCUUAUGUUAUACUAGUGCAUAGACCCUUAUGUUAUACUAGGGAAAUAGUGUUUCCAUAGCUAGGGCUGACAGUGAGGACUUGUGAAGAGCAGAAUCAACAACAUCUACGUUAUCAAAACAGUUGCAUUGUGAGGUGUUAAAGUUCACAGCUAACCAUGGUUAUGUAUUGGCUCAUUUAUCCCCCUUCCUCUCCCCUGUAACUAUUCCCCAGGUAGUUUCUGUAAAUGAUGUGUUCUCAUUCAACUUACGUGGUAAAAUAAGGGUAAAAAUCUAAUUUCAAAAUGAUGUACAUUCCAGCUGAAAAGUACCGGUGGCCUGGCUUUGGUCCCAAGUGAGAGCCGGUCUGCCAGAGCCAAGGCCCAGUGAGACAGAGGUGCAGGCCCUUGUAGAUGGAAACAGAAAAGUUUAGCUUCUGGCUAAAACAGGGUAAAUCUUAUUUUAAAAUGGUGCCAUUAGAGGUCAGAGGUUAAUGAACAGAAUAGGCUGUGCAGGACAGUGUGUACCAGUUUUUGACUAGUAAACCUCACACUGAUUGUACCCAUACUCUCUCAUUUACCAGUGGACAUAGUAUGACGGGUAUUUUCCCUGUCAAGGAAGACUUACUGGAACUAGAUGUUCAUGGAAUUCAAGACCGACAGUCUAAGAAGCCCUUCAAUACGAUGCAAUUACACUCAGUUUUAACUGUGGAUAUGCAAAGGGGACUAGCUUGUAAUGUCAAAGGGUAAUCUCAAUGUAUUUAGCACCUUAUCCAUGUCUGGUGGUAUAAAUAAAACAUUGUUUUGUCUCACAUUA